CAAUGAAAAUAUUUAUAUUCUAUGGACUCUCGCCUGAGCGUGUCAAACUGAACGUAAAAUAUUUUUUUACUAAAGACUCGGCACCAGUGAAAUUCUACAGUAGUUACCUCGUCUGACAUUUAAAAUUUACAUUUUGUGUCUUAAUUUUAAACCAUAAAAAUGAGCAGUUUAAAUGAAGUUCAUAUCAGUGGCGAUGACUCUAAGCACGGUGCUAACGAGUGUGACAUUACCAAAAACCUGGACGGCGGCAUUUUGAAGCAGAUCGUACGGGAGGGAAAAUAUUACAGUCACCCGAAGCUAGAUGAUGAUGUAUUAAUUCAUGUGGCUGGUACACUGAAGAAGGGAAACAAAUUGUUCUACAACAGUCGUCAAUUGGGGAAACCAUGGAAAACGAAACUGCACGAUCCGUUCUCUCAUGAAUCAUCGGAACUGCCCAAAGCUCUGGACAUUGGCUUGAGAACGAUGAAGAAACAUGAGAUCGCAAUUUUCACUUGCCUGCCAAACUAUUGCUACAAGCAGAAAGCGUACAAGCAUCGAAAGUUUUUGUGUGAAGUUCCCGCCAACUCGGAGAUCGUUUUUGAGGUCGAAUUGCUUGAUUUCGACUUUGGCAAUUGGACCGACGGUAAGGAUGGUGGGGUAAUGUUGAUCAGACACGUGAAAAGAGGAUACGGCGAUUCUUAUCCAACUUACAACUCGCAAGUCUCCUGCACCUUGUCAAGCUUCAGCAAUUUUAAAGGCUCGCAAACAAUGUAUUGCAAUUUACCGGAUGGUGGUCAGUGGGAUUCUACGAAAGAUCUCAUCGAUGAGCUCGCAUUGCGAAUGGAAGUGCCUUACCGCGUUGCAGAAUCGGGUGAUUUUUCUUGGACUUUGGGUGAAGGUGAACUGGAACGAAUACCGAAGGGUAUCGAAAUGGCGGUCGCGAAUAUGAUGGUUGGGCAGAAGGCGGUGUUCAUGAUAAGGUACGACUAUUUGAAAGAGAUGCUCAGCGAGCAAGAGUACCGCAAAUAUCAGAAGAAUUCCGAAUUCCACACAUUCAUGAUCACAUUAAGAUCGUGCGUUAGAGCUAAAGCCUCUGAAGAGAUGACCGGCGAAGAACGAUUUAAAGAAGGUCUAGAGUGCAAAUUGAAAGGCAAUCAUUAUCUAUCCAAACGGUCGAAUGUGAGACUGGCUUUGGAGCGAUUUAAGCAAGCAAUUGAUUUGCUUGAAACCUCUAUCGACUUGGAUGGGCCGAAUUCAGACCGUGAUGAUCUAUUGUUCACUUGCUACUUGAAUAUCAGUAUAGCCUAUUUCGAUGCGAAGACACCCGAAUUGUGCGACGAGUACCUGAAAAAGGCGUUGAAGAUGAAACCAGACAAUGAAAAGGCAAUGUAUCGUACUGGCCUGCUCUUGAUGCAUCGUAAGUGCUUUGAGGAGGCGAAGACGCAAUUUGGAAAACUGUUGGCACAUUAUCCAGACAACAAAGCGGCAAUCAAUCGAAUUGGUGAGUGUGACCGUCUGGCAUCUCAACAAUCUCUCUACAAAGCAAUGGGUAAAGCUCUAAUCGGUUGAGCUUUGUUGUGUUUACAAGGUUGUUUCAGCCUUAUGUAAUGGAAGCUAUCUA